CCCCGCCCAGCCCCUGCCUGGAGCCAUAAAUAGGCCGGGAGCGCUGGCUGCCCAGCCUGCUGGAGACUCGAGGCCGUCCUUGCCCCUUCAGGAUGAAGACCGUGCUGCUGACCCUGGCCGUGCUCUUCCUCACGGGGGGCCAGGCUCGGCACUUCUGGCAGCACGAUGACCCCCAGUCAUCCUGGGAUCAAGUGAAGGAUUUAGCCACCGUGUACGUGGACGCGAUCAAGGAGGGCGGCAGAGAAUAUGUGGCCCAGUUUGAAGCCUCCGCCUUGGGAAAACAGCUAAACCUGAAACUCCUGGACAACUGGGACAGCUUGGGCACCACGCUCACCAAGGUGCGUGAACAGAUAGGCCCGGUGACCCGGGAGUUCUGGGAGAAACUGGAGAAGGAGCUGGAGGAGCUGAGGCAGGAGCUGGACAAGGACCUGGAGGAGGUGAGGCAGAAGGUGCAGCCCUACCUGGACGACUUCGAGAAGAAGUGGCAGGAGGAGGUGGAGAUCUACCGGCAGAAGGUGGCGCCGCUGGGCGAGGAGCUGCGCGAGGGCGCGCGCCAGAAGCUGGCAGAGCUGCACGAGAAGCUGAAGCCCGUGGGCGAGGAGCUGCGCGACCGCGUGCGCGCCCACGUGGACACCCUGCGCACGCAGCUGGCGCCCUACAGUGACACGAUGCGGGAGCGCCUGGCCGAGCGGCUGCGCGCGCUCAAGGAGGACGGCGGCGCCAGCCUGGCCGAGUACCACGCCAAGGCCACGGAGCACCUGACGGCGCUCGGCGAGAAGGCCAGGCCCGCGCUGGAGGACCUGCGCCAGGGCCUGCUGCCCGUGCUGGAGAGCCUCAAGGUGGGCUUCCUGCACGCGCUGGACGAGGCCUCCAAGCAGCUGACCGCCCAGUGAGGCGCCGCGCGCGCCCCGGGGCCCAGGGGCCCACUCCGCCGGCUCCCCCUUUCGACCCCUGGUUCCGUAGAAUAAACCUUUCCAAAGCGGG